GAUGGUUAGGUUGGUUAGUAACACAUGUAAACAUGCGUGAAUUUCUGUGAAAAAAAAUUAACGACAGUGUUCAUAUUCUAUAAUAAAAAAACAAAGGGGUCUGCUAACUUUUGUACAACGAACCAUCCAAAACUUAUAAUAAAUUAUAUGUAUCAAAAACUGCCUCAUACAUUAGCAGGCAGAUAUACUGUAUAUUAAAACUGUUGUAAUAUAUUUGUAUAGCAAUUAAAAUUCCCGCCUAUGUUUAUGUAUACACGUAUUGUGCUGCGGUAUAUAGCUGGCUUGGCUUCUCUCCUUUUGCUUACAAUCAAAACUAGUCUAGCUCCGAUUCUCCUAGCACACGCAUCGGACAUAAAUAUAUUCUCUUUACCAGUAUACAAGAUCUAUAAAUUUAGUUGGAGGAACCUACGUGCAAAUGAAUUGGCAGCGGUUUUUUCCCUCUAAUAAUAACAUGUAUUUAAGUACAAGUAUAACUGUAUUAAAAAAAAACAACUCUUUGAUCACAUAUUUUUGGCCCCAAUGAGGAAGCUUGGAAAUGGACAGAAUAAAAUCAAGUUUUAUUAUUUAUAAUCUCCGCCUUGUUAUUAAAAGACUGUUUCCAAUAAUCGACCGUUUAAACGUACACAUUCCAUGCGUACAUAGUCGCAGCGUAUACCAUGGCGAUUAUCCUAAACCGGAGUUUGACGAACUGCGCAAAGAUUCGACGAAAAAUCCAUGUGUUAAAAACUCUGAAAGUGCCGACGAGAGAAAAGUUGCAGCCUACCUGCCUACGUUUGUUGCCGGUGUAGCCGGUCUCUACGCGUCAAAGGCUAUCAUACACCAGCAUUUGAUGACUAUGGCACCAUCUCGCGAUGUCUUAGCUGCAGCCAAGACAGAAGUGAACAUUGCAAAUAUUCCGGAAAACAAAGUUCAAAUAAUAAAGUGGCAAGGACGCCCUGUUUUUAUUUACCAUCGAAGUCAAGAACUGAUAGACCAGGAGCGUGCUAUGAACAUCGUAGAGCUGCGAGACCCAGAGGAAGACUCAGCUCGAUCGAAGCGUCCCGAAUGGAUGGUUCUGAUCGGUAUCUGCACACACCUAGGCUGCGUACCUAUCCCUAACGCCGGUGUCGUACCCGGUGGUUUCUUCUGCCCCUGUCACGGCUCGCAUUUCGACACCGCGGGUCGCGUCCGCAAGGGACCAGCACCAAAGAACCUCGUGGUGCCGCCGUAUCAAUUCACGGAUGAUCAAAAUUUGUUGAUUGGAUAGCAUGUCAGAUUAGAGAAUAAUAGAAGUGUUGAAUUCGCUGUCAGUAUAACAUUGGAAUCUUGUUUAUUUAUUUAAAAAUCAUACAUAGAAAAAUUGAUCAUUGCAUUUGUAAUUCGCUAUAGUUCCCAUCUACAAAUAUUAGGUUUUCUCUCAUCUAAAUAUCAUAUUUAUAGAAAAAUUGAUCAACGCAUUUACAAUUCACUGUAACUCCCAUUUACAAGCUUCAGAU